GUGUUGAAAAUUGCAAAGAUGGCAGCUAUCAGUAAAGUUAGGGCAAGGGCUGGUGGCAUGUCUUUCCUUAAACUGAUCCUCUUCCUGGGGAUACUAGUGGCUGCUGUCUCACCUGCUCUGAGCCAGGGCCAUCAUUACUUUGAUAUUUUUGUUGGUGAACAAGAUAACAGUAAUAUAACUAAUGAUACCAAUGGGACUGAUUCAGGUUCAAUUCCGACAUGUGUGUUUGGAUUGGAGCCAUGUUCAGUUACUAUUAUUGGAAACAUUCAAUUGAUAUUAUUUUUUGGUAUAAUCCUGGGUGUGUCUGCUAAGAUCAUAUCAGACGGAGCUGAAAUGUUACUUGAUCUUGGACUACCUCCUACUAUAAUUGGUGGCAUUGUUCUUCCAUUGCUGGGUGCUGUUCCUGAUUCAGCCAUGAUCAUAGCUUCAGGGUCUGGUAAUAGAGUUGAUGCUGACCAACAGAUAGCAGUGGGAAUGGGGACACUGGCUGGGAGCACCAUCAUGUUAUUGACCAUCCCCUGGGUCGGUGGGCUCAUCCUGGGUAGGGUUGACAUCAUUAAUAAACAAGGAGUGGACAAUAAGUGUUCGAAACUGGAGGUGUCUAGUCUUUGGAAGUCUGGAGUCAGUGUCACACCUGAUGUCACAUACAGUUCUAUUAUAAUGAUAAUCACUGCUUUACCCUACCUUAUUAUUCAAGGAGCUGACUGGGUCUAUGGUGCUCAUAAGCCUCAGACUAUUGAUAAUGUCCCUUCUUAUAUUAAAUAUUCAGCCAUUGCCACUUCAGUGAUCUGCUUCAUCUUCUUUGUGUGUUACCUGGUCUACCUGGUGGUCUUCAGUGCUGCCUCCAAGAGGAUUGAUGAAUGGAGGGGAGAGAAGAGAAGGAAAGAAAAUUUAAAGAGGAAUGCUUUGAAACAGAUGCUACUGUUUCAAAAAUCACCCAAACCAGUCAAUGGUUCAGGAACCAGUGGGGGGGAAACUGAGAACAAACCAUUAAUAGGAUCUGAGACUGGAAUUCAAAAGAAAUAUUUCAGCGCUUGGAAAGUUCACAAGAAAGAGGAGGAGGGAGCCACACCCACUGCCAGUCCAGCGGCUGAAGAUGAGGUUGAUACUAAAGGAGACCAUGAAGAGGGUGAAGAACCAAAAUGGAAGAUUGGUCUUUGGUCUGCAGCUUAUCUCAUAGUCGGAGUUGGACUGGUGACAAUAUUUUCUGAUCCUAUGGUGGAUGCAUUAACUCGUCUUGUCAAUAAAGAGAAUGAAAACUAUUCUUAUACUAAGGAUGAUGGACACAAAGUACAAGGACAGUACAUACCAAUACCUGUGUUCUAUUUGUCGUUUGUCAUCACCCCAUUGUGUUCCAAUGCCAGUGAGUUGGUUUCUUCUCUUAUUUUUGCAUCAAAGAAGAAGAAGGUUAACACAUCAAUGACCUUUUCACAAUUGUAUGGAGCAGCUACAAUGAACAACACCCUGUGUCUUGGUAUAUUCACUGCACUGGUUGGUAUCAGAGGAUUGACAUGGCAAUAUUCAGCUGAAGUGACUGUCAUCCUUCUUGUCCAGCUCAUAAUGGCAGCCAUUGCCCUGUCUUAUGGGUUCCUCUACAAGCAUACUUACAUGCUACUGCUAGUUAUUCCAGUGUUCUUGUUAUACUUUGGGUCUAUUCUUGUCACAUGGAUGCUGGAGACGUUGGCCCAUUGGAAGUGAUGGCCACAGCUGCUCUUUAUUGAUAUUGUUUUAUUGCACACUUUUAAGUACAGGGACCCUACGCUGCUCUUACUUGCUAUUUUAUUGCAACUAUUCUCAUUAUUAAUUUUUUUGCUACUUUUUGCUUUAAUACAUUUAAUUUUUAACACCCACA